AUGGCCACGACGUUGAAUGAAAUACAUGGACAUGAUGGUCGGAUUCCUGCUACUGUCAAGAUGCUAGACAGAGGAGGUCGGGAGGCAAGAGGGCCAUUUCCUCAAUUUGUUGAACCAGAACCUCUUGAUCAAGAACCAGAGGAGUUGAUUGAGGAAGUUAAAAAACAUGAGAGGGACGGCCUGGAUGAAGGAACAAGCAAUGCAGUCAAGCGCCUGAAACCUUACCUAUACAAGGGAGAGCCCAAAAGGCAGAAGGAGGACCCUACUGAUUUAAUGGAGAUUUUUGGCAAGCAUGAGAUCAACCUGCCUUUUCUACAAGUACUAAAACUACCCCCGUUCGGCAAGUUUAUGAAGGACUUCAUAGCUGGAAAAGCCAAGGCCGAUGGGGAGAUUGUGAUUGGAGAAAGUGUGUCUGCUGUAAUCCAGAAGAAGAGACUUCCUUCCAAGAGAACUGACCCCGAGAUGUUUACUCUACCCAUCAUUAUUGGAGAUGUUAAAAUUGAGCACGCUAUGUGUGAUCUGGGAGCUUCUAUUAAUGUGUUGCCUUUCUCAGUUUACAAGAGAUUGACUGGAGUUAGCCUAGUGGACACAAAGGUGGUUAUCCAACUCGCAGACAUAUCAUGCAUUAGUCCUGAAGGAGUGCUGGAAAAUGUGAUUGUGAGGGUGCAUGACUUCUUAUACCCUACAGAUUUUCAUGUGAUCUGUAUGAAUGACUCUGAAGCUGGUGCAUCCAGUGGAGUAUUGUUGGGGAGGCCAUUCCUGCGAACGGCCAAGACUAUAAUUGAUGUGAGUGACGGUACAAUUUGCUUGGACUAUCAUGGGGAGAAAUUAACUUUCAAUUUUGAUGAAGCUAUGAAAAAACCCUUGGAUACUGAAAAUCUACAUGGACUAAUGGAUGUGAUUUACCCAUUAGUCCAAAAUUUUCUUGAGACUGAACUUUUGCAAGAGCAACUUGCAGCUGCUGAACUGAAUGACUCAAUUGAAGAAGAGGUUUCCGAAUGGUGCGAAACGCUUUUGACACAGAACAUGACCGAUGAAGAAAUUAAUGAUGCAAUCAUGGGGUUCUGUCAGAAGCCGACCUCUAAUGGAUCAACUGAUUUUGCUCAACUGAGCAGUCUGGAAAAGGUACCUAAUUUUGGGGAGCUCGCAACAAAGAAUGUGGAGAAAAACCCAUUACCCCGGGAGGAUAUCUCGCCUAGAAAAGAGUUGAAAACAUUGCCCCCAGGAUUAAAGUACGCAUAUCUGGGAUAUGAAGAAACCUCUCCAUUGACUGAGAAGCAAGAAGAAAAGCUGUUGGAAGUAUUGAGGAGAAACCAAAAGGCCAUCGGAUGGACCUUGUCGGACUUGGUUGGCAUCUAUCCUGAUCUUUGUAUGCAUUACAUCCGCCUUGAAGACGGUGUGAAGGGCAACCGAGAGCAACAAAGGAAGUAG